AUGGAUGAUGCAACAGCCCUUAUAGCGGGUCAAACCAAAAAAUAUAAUAUACCAUUGAGUCAUUUUGAAUAUAAAUAUAUACAAAAUUGUACCGAUGGAAAAGAACUUGAACGCAUUUACAAAGAACUAAUAGGUGGCGAAGUAGGUUGCUUUCCAGCUUUAGAACAAUUGACACUUGAUCGAAUUCGAGAUAUAAAACCGAACAGUCACACUCUUCGAAAAGAUAAAGCUCCACUUGAUAGAUCAGCCUUACCCGAUGAUGAGCGUCAAAAUUUUGAUGAUUUUAUUACUAAAAUGCAACAGAUAGAUAAAACCUCGUUGAAUAUUGUCAACGAUCAUAAGAACAAUGGCAUUGCUUCAGUACCAAUCCGUUCCAAGUCUACAAUUAGUAAACCGACUACAUCAGUGCCUGUGAUAAACACUAAUGGUAAACAGAAACGAAUAGUACCAAGAAGCUACGAUGAAUGGGGAAAAAUAGAUAAACAAAUUGCUCGAGAAAUGAAUAGUGAUAAUGAUGAUGAUGGUGAUGAUGAUGAUGAAGAAUUCGAUGAUGAUGAGAAAACAACGAACAAAACUCCCUCUUCGAAUGCAAUGCAAGAGAAGAGUCAACGUCUUGAAACUGCUGAACAACAUCGGCUAAAUGGAAAUGCGGCAUUUAAAUCUAAUAAUUAUGAAAAAGCUAUUGAUUUAUAUACAAAAUGUAUCAUAUUGGAUAAUACAAAUCCAAUGGCUUAUAUGAAUAGAGCUAUAGCACAUUAUAAACUGAAUAGUUAUGAUGCAUCGAUUACGGAUUGUUCUCAAGUGUUAUCAAAAGAUCCGAAUCAUAUCAAAGCAUUGUUUCGUCGAGCAUCAUGCUUUAUUGCUAAACAAAAAUAUGAGGAAGGCAAACGUGAUCUCGAUAUUCUUCUCACUAUUGAUGAAGAAAAUAUCGAUGCAAAAAAUCUAUUGAAAACAAUACCAACUGUUCAAAAGACCAAAGGUGUUCGAAUACCUAUUACUGAAGAUGAUGACGAGGAUGAGGAGGAAAACAAAAAUAGUGCUGCACGACCGAUUCCAACACCAAUCAAAAUUCCGAUUGUAGAAGUUGAAGAAGAAGAAGAAAUACAGGAACAACAAGAAGCUACGAAUGAAUCAAUUCAAUCAAUGAAUAUUGAUAUUCCUCAACAGACUAAUGUUCAUGAACGUCCAUGUAUAGGUUCUGAAGAUGCUUCACCCGCUUUAUUUGAUGAUCAUUUUCAAAAUUGUGAGGAUUUAAAUCAAUUUCAUGUGAAUAUGCAUACUCAAUUAGAACCUCUUGAUACGGAAGCUAUAGGCGGCGGCGGCGGCGGCGACGGUGAUGAUGAUGAUGAUGAUAUGCCACUAGGCGAUGAAGCUGGUGAUGGUUUUCCAGGAACUAUGAGUGAUGAUGAUGGUCAUGUUUCACAUAGCUUAAAUGUUUCACCAACUAUGGACGAUGAUGAUGAUGUACCCGAGCUAAUCGACCAGAAAACAUUAGAAACACCACCGUUAACAUCACCAUUAAAACAAACAACCAUUAGUAAUACAAAUAAUGAUAACUGUGUAUAUACAACGGCUGAUGCAUCGAAUCGACGGCAAUUUUCAGCUAUUUCAAACGAUGAUUAUAAUGAUUUAUAUGAUAAUAAUAAUAGAUCAACAAUAUCAAAUUCAUAUCCAUCAUAUAAACAGAAUUCGAUGUCUUCAAAUCCAUUUCAAUCUCAUGAUCAAGAUCGUGAUAUGCCUGCUCAACAACGAUCAUCAAUAAUGAAUUCUUAUAAUGAUCAAAUAUCGAGCUUGAAUUUUAGUUCAACUCUACAAAAUUGGUUACGUGACACAGUAGAAUUACAAUUCAAUAAUCGUUCAUCAACAUAUCAUGAAAAACCAUGGUCGAAAUCAACUCGACCUUCGACAUUAAAUAGCCUUCAACGUGAUAUUCAAAAAUAUAAUGGAGCUAAUGACAUUAGAAAUACAAUUGAAGCAUCGAAAAAGAUGCUUAAAAAUGGUGUACUCGAUUAUCAUAAUCAUGCAGAUCAUAUUGUGAGUACAUUAUUUAUCUGUGCUAAUUGUUAUUUAAAAAAUAAUGAUUACGUGCACACUAUUCAAUAUACAAGUGAAGCUUUACAAUAUAAUAAAAUCGAUACAGAUGCUUUGAUUUGUCGUGCUAAAGCGUUUGAAAAUGAGAAAUUUUUGCUUCUCAGUUAUGCUGAUUAUAUGCGUGUACCGUCUACUGAUUAUAGUUAUGCUUUGGCACAACGUGCAUGUGAAAAAUUGGCUACUGAUUUAAAUACGAAUGAAGGUGAAAAAUGGCGUGAAAAAUUACCACAGGAUACUAAUGAUGAUGUACGUUAUUUAACAUAUAUUAAAACUAAAGAUGAAUUUACUGAUGAUAAUCCAUUUGAAUGGUAUCGGAAACGUGGUAAUCAGCUUUAUAUUGAUGCUUGUUAUGUUCUUUCUAUUCGAUGUUAUACUUAUUGUAUUGAACUUAAACCGGAUAUUGCAACUUCAUACUCGAAUCGAGCUGCAUGUUAUUUGAAAGUAUUCGAGUCACAAAAAGCAAUUGACGAUUGUGAUAAAGCACUUGAAAUCGAUCCGAAUAAUGUCCGUGCUUUAUAUCGGAAAGCGUGCGCAUAUAAAAUGUCACGUAAUAUACAUUCAUAUCAAUUGACAUUGAAAGAAUUAAUUAAAUUACAACCAAACAACCAAACUAUUCUUGCUGAAUAUUAUACAUCUCGACAUGAACAAAUUCCGAGACGUCUGAGACGACUUCGUACUAAUCCAGCAAAUGCGACAGCCUCGAAAUCAUCAACACCUUCUGUUAUUGAAGUCUCAAAACCGUUAAAUACUAUUGAGGAAAACUAUCUUUCCUAUGACGACCUUGAAAAAAUUCGUUCACAAAAAUCAACAAUCAAUGCACGACAUCAAUUCGAACAACAGUUACAUUCAUUAAAAGCCAAUGAUCUUAAAAGCCAAUGUUCUCUUAUUCUUCGGUUACCAACAAAAGGUUUAUUUAAAAUAACAGGUCCAGCAACAUCAAAAGGAGUCGAGACAAUAGUUAAUGCAUGUCGAAUAAUGAUCGACGCUGAAAAACUUUAUCAACAAGCAAAUAAAUCUUCCAUAUUACAAUUUUCGUAUGUUAAAUUUUGUUUUAAUAUUCUUAUUGAAUUGGCAACACUUCCGCGACUUGAUUCGGCAUUACUAAUGAUGGAUCCCAUGCAUCGAGCAUCAUUGGAUUAUUUACUUGCAUAUUUUUCAUCUAUAUCAUCGAUCUUGACUGAUGUUAACAAAUUAGACCGUUUAAAAGUCAAAGACUGA